AUCAGGCAGUGGGCCCGUCGCUUCCUUGCUCUAUUCGACUUCGACGAACGCGAAGCCAACUGAAACGACGGUUUGAUUCCGCCGCGAGUUCACGUCGGCGCCCGCGCGUGUUCCAAACCCCUAAUUCGCCCGAGGUUGGAUUCAAAAAAGUAAACCAACUUGAUGGAUGGUAUUUACGGAAAGAUAGAUGUCUUCCCAGAACACUUCCAGUCCAUCAAAGCAUCUGAAGAAUCUCCACAAGGAAGCAGUUCAAGCGUUGACCAUAAACUGAGAUCACGUAGUCAUUCAUGGACUGUAAGUAGGGUACUGGGUGCUGCGUCUCUGUUGAACUUGUUUUCUCUACCUCGUCUUCCAUGGGGAUCUGGCAAUGAUGAUGAUAAGGUAGAACUCACUAGAGCAGAAUUUGAGUCUCUUUGGUCUGAAAUUGAAGAUGCAGAGGACAGAGAGAUGCAUCUAAAAUCUCAGCUGGAACAUGCUGAUGGAGUUUUGAGAUGUGCACGGCUUUGUGCUUAUCUCUAUGUUCGAACUAGAUGGACACAACUUCCCGGAGAACCUCCUAUAAUAGAUGAUGAUGAUAUAGAUGAUUGGAUUCCCCGAUUUGUCGUUCUCCACGGUUCAUGUAUCUAUUAUUAUCUCAGAUCAUUUGAUAUGAGUCCUCAGGAUACUACAAAUCUAUCUGAUAUUGUUGAACUGGGAUCAAUUCCAAGCUUCAUCGAUGAAGACAAAGAAACAAGAUAUGGUUUUUACCUUUUAACCAGUCAAGGAUUACGAUUUGAAUGCUCAAGUAUUUCCAAAGGACAGGUGGAAUCAUGGUGGACUACUCUAAGAACAGAUUUGGAAGCUCGAGUCUGCGUCAACUCUUCAGGAUUCGAAUAAAUCACAGGAUCUAUUGGAUAGGUUAUAGCGUAGGAAUUUGUAAAUACUUCUUCAUGGUGUUUCAAUUGGGUAUUUUCGUAGCUAUUUGUGCAUUUAUGAGGCUUAUAUUUUACUGGAAAUAUUUUGAUCCAAUCGAUUUAGAUAUUAUUAGUGGUUAGCCA